AUGAUUGCUGGUUGCCAUGGUGAUCUGGCCGGACAGCGAAAAGGGGGCGGAGCUACCGCGACCGAAUGACCCUACGCUGCAGCAUUACACACCUCAAAGCACUUUUACGCAUCAAAGCCUUCCUAAAUUCUUCCCAACUGCAUUUCUUCGGGAUAGCAUGGUUACGUGAAGGCCACAAAAGUACUAUUAAUAAAGUAAAAAAAUACUACCAGCCAGGAGGAAACGUGUUCUAGAUUAACCUGAGUGGAAAGUAGUUUGAGUGGCAGUGAGUUAUCUUGACGUGCGUGUGUACUCUUUGUGCCCACCUGUAGCUAGGAUACUUAGCCCUCCUCUGCUGCCGGGCUAAGGACGCCAUUGGCGGAUGAGUGAUGGGGGAUGUACCGCUCCUCUGGAAGUCAGCCCCUGGCAACAUAUGCGCGGUUGGAGACCAGCGACGACGAUAACUAUCAACUUUGAGGUGUCCCCGCACACUCCUGUUUGGUUUCUUCGAGGAGGGUUCACCGACAUGGACUUCGCCGAGGAGUCGUCGCCCGCCUUGGCGUUCGAGAAGGAGGCUUUCGAGCUGACUGUUGAGGACGUGUACGACAUCUCCUACGUCAUUGGACGAGACUUGUUGAGGAUCAGCCACAGCGGCGAGGAAGUGUCCGACCUCCAGUUCAGGAUAGUCCGCGUUUUGGAGAUGUUCGAGACCAUGGUCAACAAGUACAACUUGUCCCUGGAGGAGCUGAAAAUGGAGCGGGACAACCUGAAGACCGAGCUGGACCGCAUCGUCACGGAAACAUCCACAGGCCAGGGAACGCAAACAGUGGGACCGAACCAGCUGGUGGUUGACCUGAGUGACCCCAACAGGCCGCGCUUCACCAUGCAGGAGCUGAAGGAGGUUCUGCAGGAGAGGAACCAGCUGAAGGCCCAGCUCAUGGUGGCCCAGGACGAGCUGCAGCUCUACAAGAGUGGAAUUCUGUCGCCGGGCCAAGCUGCCAUGGUGGAAGUGGACCUGGACUCACCAGAAACUCCCGGAAACGGUUCAACGAGGAUCAACCAUUCAAAAGAAGAGAAGACAACCAUCAGUAAACUGUUUUCAUUUCGACGGAAAUAAAGAAGACGCCGCCAACGAGCCAUGAGGAAGACAAACUGGAUUUGUUGACAGGUUUCUCAAUGGGUUAACAACCACUUUUAUAUUUUUCUACUCUAUAUUUGACUUGUAAUGCCAACAAGGUAUAAUAUAUACAUCUACUGUGUAAUCACUGGACACUUCAUUAGGAACACCUUUGCACUGCAAUCAGCUGGAUUAAACUGGUUUUUUUGUAGUUCGUAUCUAAGUUGAGAGCCAUUCUCACUAUUUUGGUUACCUUAUUUUUAGCUAUAUAAAAGGGGUCGAAUAUUAGACAUCACUCAGCAAAGUACCAACAAAAUAAAACAUUCUCAAAAGUCCCAUAUUACACGAUUUUAUGUUAUUUUAAAUGUCUUAGAAGUCCCACUAAGUCACACUGCCAUACUUGCCAACUCUCCCGAAUUUUCCGGGAGA